AUGGCUGGCUCUGACGACGAGCGACAUGAACGUCGUCGGCGCUCUGUGACUUCUCCCUCCGAUCACAACCGAGAACGUCGGCGACGAGAUGCUCCCUAUGACGACCACCACUCCAGCUCCAGGCGACGUGAUGACAGCCACCGGAGCUCUCGUCGAGUGAGUCCCAGGCGCAGAUCGUCGCGCAGUCCCCGUGAAAGAAGCGACCGCAGUGACCGCGAUCGGCCCAGACGGGAGCGCCGGGAUCGAUCCAAUUCAGCUGGAGACGACCACCGCCGACACAGACACCGCAGUCACCGACACCGUGAUACGCGAUACGAAGACGAAAGACGCUCAUCCAGAAGAGACCGCGAUGACCGACCCCGCUCCCGCUCCCCGCGAAAAUCGCGCAGCCCUCCUCCGCGCGCGUUAGAGCGAAGCGGUCCACUACCGUCCCAAUCCGAUGCCUUCACAGAUGUGGCUAAUCCAUCAGACGAGCCUGCGCCUGAAAAGCAAAAACCGAACUUCAAUGCUACGGGUAGACUCGCUGCUGAAAGUAAUACAGUCCAAGUGCAGGGUGCCCCGGGCGGAAUUGUCUUGAAAUACCACGAGCCCCCCGAGGCGCGCAAGCCGCCCUCCAAGGAAGCUUGGCGCAUGUACGUGUUCAAAGGAAAAGACUUGCUGGAGACAGUCGAGCUCGGAGGGCGGAGCUGCUGGCUGUUCGGUCGAGAGCAUAUGGUGGUGGAUUUCCCUAUCGAGCAUCCCAGCUGCUCAAAGCAACAUGCUGUGCUACAAUUCCGAUUUGUUGAGAAAAAGAAUGAAUUCGGUGAUCGCAUCGGCAAGGUGAAACCGUACCUCUUGGACAUUGAGAGUGCCAAUGGCUCCAGUGUCAAUGGGGAGGCCAUUCCCGCUGGUCGUUACGUUGAAGUCAUGGACAAGGACGUUAUUCGCUUUGGAUUGAGUUCGCGCGAGUAUGUUCUCAUGCUACCCCCAAGCUGA